UCGUCUCAGCGAGUGGCAACCGCGUCAUUUCCCACCCCUGUUUUUAGGAAUCAUUCCCGGAUACGAUACCCCCGCAAAAGCCAGGCCCCCCAAAAAGCGAGACGACGCUAGCGAGGUAACUGAGGGAGAGGAAGCGGAGGAGGAGGGCGCCACCGGUUUCAAGCAGGCUUUAGGCGACGCGGCGGCAGCGGUGGUGAAGGAUUCGACUCCGGUCCCCGCGCUUUUGCUCUCCUCGGCCGGCUGCGCCGCGCGAACCCGGGCUGAUCCGAUCGGUUCGGCGGCACGGCACGACUCGGCCAUGUCGACCAAGAGAGUUCUUUGCAAGUUCUUCAUGCAUGGAGCUUGCUUGAAAGGAGAAUACUGUGAGUUCUCCCAUGACUGGAAUGACCAAGCAAAUAAUGUUUGCACAUUUUACCAGAAAGGUGCAUGCUCAUAUGGUAGCCGUUGCAGAUACGACCAUGUCAAAGUUUCUUGUAACACCACAGUGCUGCCCCCACCACCAUCAUCAAGUACUGCAAGACGAGUUGCAUCUACUUCUCUUCAACUUUUAAGUUCCGACGCUCCUCACAUGGGACACCAAACAGAUUCAAGCAACCAAAGACAGCAGAUAUCUAUGGGUAUGCUGACACAAUCUGCUAGUAAGCCUGCAUGGGGAAAUGAUUUUCAACAUGGCACUAUUUCGGAAGAUGCAAUUGACUGGUCAUCCUAUCGAACUGUGCAAAACCAGACAUCAAUGAAACCUAGUGAUCAGCCUAUUUGUUCUUUUGCUGCUGCUGGUAAUUGCCCCUAUGGGGAAGGGUGCCUUCAGAUGCAUGGAGAUUUGUGCAGAACCUGUGGGAAAAUGUGCUUGCAUCCGUAUCGUCCUGAUGAGAGGGAGGAACAUAUCAAGUUAUGUGAGAAAAACAACAAACGCCUUGAAGCUUUGAAACGCAGCCAAGAGAUUGAAUGUAGUGUCUGCUUGGACCGUGUGCUCUCGAAGCCUACUGCUGCAGAAAGAAAGUUUGGACUCUUAUCUGAAUGUGACCAUCCUUUCUGUGUUGGAUGCAUUAGAAACUGGCGUAGCAAUUCUCCUGCAUCUGGUAUGGAUGUGAACUCAGCACUGCGGGCUUGUCCAAUAUGUCGGAAACUUUCGUACUAUGUCAUUCCAAGUGUUAUUUGGUACUUCUCAAAGGAAGAUAAACAAGAGAUCAUUGAAAGCUACAAAUCCAAGCUCAAGUCUAUUGAUUGCAAGUACUUCGAUUUUGGGACUGGAUCUUGUCCCUUCGGGACAAGCUGUUUCUACAGGCAUGCCUACAGAGAUGGACGCCUGGAAGAGGUUGUACUGCGACAUCUUGAUGCUGACGAUGGAAGUACAGUAAUUGGCAAAAAUAUUAGGCUGUCGGAUUUCCUCAGUCAGUUGCAUCUUUAGGGACCAGCAGCUGUACAUAUAUCAAAUAAAAUUUGAAGUUCUCUGGGGACCUGGAAGACACCUGGAUGACCUUAUAAAAGACACUGUUGACCCGAGGAUGGUGGAAAAGAAAUCCUGUCGCUAUUGAGCUCGAACAUCCAAACAGAACUAAAAUUAUUUAAAAACUUUGCUCUAUGUGUCUUGUGUCGAUUGCUGGUCUUCUGGGCUACCAGUAAUUUAGUAGAACAUUUCUUGGCCGUCGAGCAAAAGGCAGGUGUGUAAAAUACUUCCUUUCACUCGAUGCUCUUUCAGUAUCUAGGAAGGGUCCCGCACCAACAGGUCAAGUGAGGUCAUUUAGUUGUAUUACUAUCAUACGGGUAAAAAAGAGAGCAAAUGAAACACAAUGAUCAUUGUACUGCAGCAGUGUUGAAGGUGAGUGGUACUUUCUUCGGUUCUUCCCUGUUGAGGAAGGGCCUCGCUGUAGCAGGUCAACUGAACUCAUUUGGUGGUACAAUUUAAUUAUACGAGAGAAAUACAAAUGAAUGGAGACAUGUUCAUUA